ACAGCCGCAAACUUUUCAACAUUGUUGUCUUUACCACAUUUACAUCUAUUAAUAAUCGUCCUUCACGAUUAAAAGAUGUUUACAUAAAUGCAUGGUUUAUUUCAUCUGUUCUAUUUUCCUCUAUUUUCUUAUUCACGUGACCGGAAACUCGGACUUUUGCGGAAGCUGUGCAAAUAUUUGCUCAAAUCUCAAAACAUUUCCCGGGAAAACGAAGCAAAACAAAUUAACCAAGCGAGGGAGAGACGAGUAAAGCUUUCUUAAGUAGGUUAGCGUGCUACUUUUGGUUGUUUUUGAUCGCGUGUAGUGAGUCGCCUAGGAUGGUAUGCAGCCUGAAGCGACAGAACCAGAGGAGGAUAGUGUCUGGGAGGAACCGCCUUCAAUGCUGUGGGGACUGGACCCAAUGUUUAACGCUUUCAACAGGCUCUAUGUCAAAGACAUCCUACAUAUGAGAGAGUCCUGUCAAGUGUCAGGGAUAUACUUCUACAACUCUCACCCGAUAUUCAAAGUUGAUGUGCUCGGGACUGUGGUGUACAAGCGAGAGCGAGAAGACUUCUUCUGUUACGGAGUUGAUGAUGGUACUGGUGUUAUAAACAGCCUUUGCUGGAAAGAUGAACAGUGGAGGGAGCAAGGUGACCCUGCUACACGUAAGUGCAGAUAUUCUCAUUAUAGCUGUGUGUCAGCCCUGUUCAUGUUCACGGUUGGCUGUGUAUUAUCUUCAGUAUGGGCGAGGUCUUUCGGUAGCAGCACUUGUGAAGACUUCAACCCAGCCAGCGAGCUGAAGAAACUACGGCAAGCCCAACACAGCAGCUCCCACCUGGAGAUAGGAGAACUGCUCAGGGUGCGAGGGCCCGUCAAGACCUCCAGACAACAGCGAGAGAUAAUGGCCUCUACAUACUAUAAAGUGUCAGACCCGGUGAUGGCGGUCCAGAUAUCCUGGAUGAUGGAGGUUCCUCAGCUCUACAGACAGUGCUAUGAUAAACCAUUCCAUCUGGACAGCAGUGCACAGAACAUUCAAGGUGGUUCUGCUUCCUACCUGCUUGGCAGAGCCACUCGUAUCCUGAAGGACUUCCUGAAAGAGAAAGAAGUCACCAGGUUCAGACCCUAUGAUGUCCAGGACCUUCUACAGCCUCUGGUCUCCAGACAAUCUCAGAAGACUGCAUCAGAACAGGAGCCUGAGGCUGGUCCAUCAUCGGGUCCACCAACAUCUUUCAAACAGCUCAGGGAGCUACUCCAGAAGAGCCUUCAGAUCCUGCAGGAUGAAGGCUUGGUGUUCCGCAAGGUCAAAUGUCAGGAUGAGGUCUACCAUGUAACGGAACGGGACAAGGAUCUUCUCAUGGCAGUCCGAGACAUUCUUCGGGAAGAUUGCAGACGAGAGAAAUAUGCGGAAAAGGGUUGCCACAUCCUGCACAUCCUGUCCAGUGUGAGACAGAGGUACAGUCGCAAUGUGAGCAAGGCAGCUUUGGUGCUGGUCCUCAAAGCUCUGGAGUGUAAUAGUGACAUCAUCAGCACCAGCGACAGUCAUUACACUAUCCUCUGACGCUGACUUAGACAUUCUGGGGACAAGCUGUCUGAAAUGGGAGUGAAACGGGGAGGUACCAUCUGACCUUGUCCAAUAAGAAACGCAUGUUUUUGUUUUCUGUUGGAAAAAUAUAUAUAACGUGUGCCCUAAUAAAUAUGACCCUUAAUACAUUUGAUUAUUACUUAACAUGGCCAUCUUCAAGAUAUCAGUUGCUAUCAAUCAUGCUAGAGCUAUGUACAUUUGUAAUGUAUUUUUAAAGAGUACAGGACAAGUGGUUUUGUGCAAUAUAUAUAUAUAUUUUUCAAUGUGCAAAAGUUGUGUAAAUGAUGUGUAUAAUACCUGGAUUUAGAAUUCAA